CAUUUAAAUGAAAGUAGCAGGCGCGUUGCUGUCAAAACUAAUCCUGUUCUGUCAACAAGUGGCCUGCAUCGAGCCAGAAUGGUUCGACACCAAUGUGCUCGUCAACAGGUCGUACAGAUGGACGGAGGGCGUCGUCCCAUACGAAAUGGACGGAAGCCACGGAUUCGUCAACGAGUGGUACAUAUGGCGAGCGAUGGCCGUCUACCACCGAAACACGUGCGUUCGGUUCGCGCAACGUCGGACCAGCGAUCGCGACUGGGUUCACAUCACCUCCAAGGGGCGCGGUUGCUUUUCGAAGGUGGGGCGUGUCGGCGGGCGGCAGACCCUGAAUUUGGCUCGGGCGGGAUGCACGAGCGCGGGCGUCGUGCUACACGAACUUAUGCACGUGAUCGGCUUCCUACACGAACACAAUCGACCGGAUCGCGACGAGUACGUCCGAGUGUACCAGGAGAACAUCUUAGACGGGGCCCAAGAAAACUUCCUCAAGCUGGCUCGAAACGUGACGUUCGAAUUCCCGUACGAUUUCGACUCGAUUAUGCAUUAUGGGCAGUUCACGUUUAGCAAAAAUGGAAACGCGACGAUGAGAGCGAAGGGACCUACUACGAAAAAUGGGCGAAAGGAUUUCUUCAGCGAAACUGAUCUGGCGAAAAUUCGCCUAGUUUACAACUGCACUGGUUACCAGGCGCUCUCCCCUAAUUCGCGCUACGUUUUCGCUGGGAUUGCGUUUGCUGGUACCUAUCGAAUGUGGAUACCGUAGCCGUAUUCCUUUCACUACUCUAAGCGCCAAAGUUCUUUCAAGUUAUGAUUUGAAUCAGGAGCCCAGUUAUAAAACGUAUCAUGUUCUCCUGGUACAAAGCUAUUUAUUGUAAUAAAAAGGUUUAUAC